AUGGCAAAUCCUGGAGCUAUUAUGUUUUUUCAUUUGUUAAUCUCCAUUUUCAUGCUCUCCUUGAGCUUAUCAAAGUGCACGGCCAUUGAAAAUGAUGAUAGAAAGGAAUAUAUUGUGUACAUGGGAUCACUUCCAGAGGAUGGCUUAUACUCACCAACAGCUAAUCAUAUCAGUCUAUUACAAGGAGUGCUUCAAGGCAGUAACAUAGAAAAGUCGUUGGUCAGAAGCUACAAAAGAAGUUUCAAUGGCUUUGCAGCCAAACUUACUGAUACUGAAAAACAAAAGAUUGCUGAGAUGAAGGGAGUAAUUUCUGUAUUCCCUAACAGAAAUUAUCAACUUCACACAACAAGAUCAUGGGACUUCAUAGGUCUUAACGAGAUAACUAAAAGAAAUCUGACCAUCGAAAGUGAUAUUAUAAUGGGUGUUCUUGACACUGGAGUUUGGCCUGAAUCACAUAGUUUCAGUGAUGAAGGUUUUGGUCCUCCUCCAAAGAAGUGGAAAGGAGCCUGCAAAGGUGGCAGCGAUUUCAAAUGCAACAAAAAGAUCAUUGGAGCUCGGAAUUAUGCAGUAAAUGAAACUGCAAGGGAUAUAGAUGGACAUGGAUCACACACAGCCUCGACAGCAGCUGGGAACCAUGUAAAUGGUAUCAGUUUCUUUGGAAUAGCAGAAGGCACUGCAAAAGGAGGAGUUCCCUCUGCAAGACUUGCAGUUUAUAAAGUCUGUAGUGCAGUAGAUUGCCCUUCGUCAAGUAUCUUGGCUGCUUUUGAUGAUGCUAUUGCUGAUGGAGUUGACAUCAUCUCAAUCUCGCUUGGGUUUAAUAGUCUAUUGCAUUACGAUGAAGAUCCUAUAGCAAUUGGUGCUUUCCAUGGAUUGAAAAAAGGGGUACUGACUAUAAAUUCUGCUGGUAAUGGGGGUCCCACCGUUGCGAGUAUAAAAAGUCUAGCUCCAUGGAUGAUGACAGUAGCAGCAAGCAGCACAGAUAGACAGAUUAUAUCCAAAGUUGUUCUUGGCAAUGGAAAAACUCUAGUUGGAAAUACAGUGAACUCUUUCACAUUGAAUGGAACAAGCUUUCCUCUAAUAUAUGGAAAAGCUGCGGCCAACAAUUUCUGCGCUGCAGAGGAUGCCAGUGCUUGUAUAUGCAUAAAUGACACUGCGGUGAAGGGAAAGAUUUUGUUAUGUGAUUUCCUGUUUGAGACGGAUAGUUUUAAUCACGGAGUUGGUAUAAUAAAUAAAAAAGUUGUGUCACCUGAUACUCCUUUUGUAGACCCAGUUCCUUCUUCCGGUUUAAGGGUCGAAGACUAUGAUGUUGUCAAAUCCUACUUCAAUUCCACAGAAAACCCUCAUGGAUUAAUAUUGAAAAGUGAAGUGAUAAAAGAUUCUACUGCUCCUAGAGUUGCUUCAUUCUCUUCAAGGGGGUCAAAUCUCCUUACGCCGGAUAUUUUGAAACCAGAUAUAACAGCCCCGGGCGUUGAUAUUUUAGCUGCAUAUUCACCUCUAGUUUCACCUUCAUCCUAUUCUUACGACGCAAGGAGGGUAAAUUACAGUAUAGUGUCCGGAACCUCCAUGGCUUGCCCACAUGUUGCUGGAGCAGCUGCAUAUGUUAAAUCAUUUCACCCUGAUUGGUCUCCUUCAGCCUUGAAAUCAUCUCUUAUGACAACUGCUUCGGCCAUGGACAUCAUUGAAUCACUCAACCAAAAUGAAUAUGGUUUUGGAGCUGGACAUAUUAAUCCUGUGGAAGCCAUUGAUCCUGGACUUGUGUACGAAAGUUUUGAAGAGGAUUACAUAAAUUUUCUAUGUGGCAUUGGCUAUACUAAAGAGAAAAUAAAGCUUGUAUCCGGAGAGAAUAGCACUUGCCCCAAAGUUUCUCCUCAGCCCAAGGAUCUUAAUUAUCCUUCAUUGUCCCAUCAAGUGAUUCAAUCUAAUGGGUCAUUUACAAUUGAUUUUCAUAGAAGAGUUAAAAAUGUUGGCAUUGCAAACUCCACUUACAGGGUGAAAGUUAUCUCAAACAAUAACAUUCUUGAUGUCAAAGUGGUACCUGAAGUUCUUUCCUUCAAAUCCUUGAAUGAGGAGAAGACUUUCAAUGUGACUGUUAAAGGAGAUCAAGUUUUGGGAGCGGGAACUACGGCAUCUUCUUCAAUUGUGUGGUCGGAUGGUACACAUAGUGUAAAAAGUCCUAUUGUGAUCCUAUUUAGUAUCUAG